AUGUUAUCGCAAGGAUGCAUUUCCAAGCAAAAACAAAGCGAAAAUUUGUAUUUGCUGAGGUUGCGCUUUUCAGUGAUCAAUCAGAUAUGCUCUGGGAACCGUGGCAUGAAUGACAGAAUCAGAAGAAUUGCGCUCGAGUCACACAAUUACAGAAGAUCGAGACUUGCCCAAGGAAUGGUCAAAAAAAAUAACGGAGCAUUCCUUCGUCCUGCAACCAAUAUGUUCAAGAUGAGAUAUGAUUGCGAACUAGAAACUUCGGCGAAACAAGUCGCUGAUAAAUGCAGUACAAGUCCUACGACAGUUCUUCCAUCUCAAGUAAAGGAGAACAUCCAUCGCAUUCCCAAAAGCAGCGCGCGCUUCCGAACUGAUGCCAUGGCAGAGGCAGUCAAGUACUGGUGGGGUCUGGUGAGGCGCGUUGACGGUAUCGGAAGGAAAGCCAUAUUCAGACAAAAGCAUGAGUCUAGCCCAAUCAGACACUUCACUCUGAUGGCAUGGGCAACCACCGAAUACAUUGGAUGCGCUGUGUCGCUGUCGUGCCCCAGCGAGUGGUAUAUUGUAUGUCACUACAGAAACGGAGGUAAUAUUGUAAACGAACACGUUUACAUGCCAGGUCCCACAUGUUCAGACUGUCCCACAAGCUACCACUGUGGCGCAGACAAGUUGUGCACGAAAUCUUAA